CUUUCCUUGUUUUUUUUUUUUUUUUAACGACCGGAACGCAAGAAUUCGCUGGGUUUUGAGGAGGGAGGGUGGUCAACCCCGCAAAAAAACCCAUCGAUUGGGAUUGAGGAGAGCGGGGCGAAUAAAGUCUGGUUGAGCAGAUUCGGUGGCCGCGAGCCAAUCCCGAGAGGCCACGUCCCCCAUCUUCCGCUACCACCUUUUUUCUCAUGUAAAUCUAUGGGGGUGCAGGGGAGACCAGCAGCAGCAGCAGCAGCAUUCUCCUCCUCUUCCAUGGAGUAGAGUAGAGUAGAGUAGAGUAGAGGAGUGUGAAUUGCGAGGCCUCACCCAGCAGUCGCCAACUCCGGUGUGGGUUGUUUUUGUUGGGGGGGGUGGUGGAGGGAUGGGGCUGCUGAGCAACCGAAUGGAGCGGAGCGAGAUCAAGCCCGGCGAUCACAUCUACACGUACCGCGCCGUCUUCACCUACUCCCACCACGGAAUCUUUGUCGGGGGAAGCAAGGUUGUUCAUUUUAGACCUGAGCGUAAUGCUGAUUCAAGCAUUGAAGAAGCCGACUCCUAUGAUGCAAUGUCUUCGUCCUGUCCAACCUUCCCUGAUUGUGGAUUCAAGUUACCCAGCAGUGGUGUGACACUCACAUGCCUGGAUUGCUUCCUCGGGAAGGGAUCUCUGUACUGCUUUGAGUAUGGGGUUGCCCCCUCAGUGUUCCUGGUCAAAGUGCGUGGAGGCACUUGCACUACUGCCCCCUCUGACCCGCCAGAAGCUGUCAUUCACAGGGCAAUGUAUCUCCUCCAAAAUGGAUUUGGCAAUUAUGAUAUCUUUCAGAACAACUGCGAGGACUUUGCGCUGUAUUGUAAAACAGGCCUUUUGAUAAUGGACAAGCUUGGGGUCGGAAGAAGUGGCCAAGCUUCUUCUGCCGUUGGUGCUCCCCUGGCUGCCAUUCUGUCGUCUCCUCUGAAGUUGCUAAUGCCAAGUCCUGUUGGAGUGGCUACAGUAACAGCUGGAAUGUAUUGUAUGAGCCGGUAUGCUACCGACAUAGGGGUGCGAUCAGAUGUGAUCAAAGUAGCCGUGGAGGACUUGCCUGUAAACCAAGGCUGGGCAGAAGAUCAUCAUGAGGAAGCAGAGGGGAGGGCACCUUCUGACAGAUUGAUUACAGGGUGAUGUAAAUGAAUGUCCUUCAUGUGCAUAUACAACGGCAUAUACUCGUCAAUAGAGACUUCUCCUGGCCAUGCAUUCCUAUGCCAAAACUACUUUUUCUUCUUUUCAUUCUCCACCCUCUAGUAUUCAAACUCUGUCGCCAAAUAACCAGUUACGAUUGACUGCAGUUUGGAUGGAAUUCUUCGAUGGUUUUUAGCAAUUGGUUGUAUUUAGUCUAUGUCGCAUCAUAUACAUUGAAGCUUCUCUCGUUUCUUUUCCUUGUUAAUCUGAUGAAGAGCGAGGCUUACUUGCUUUAUGGCCUCA